UCAGGCUGGGGAACCAUGAAAGAUGAAGUGAAACGACCAGUUGAAUGUUGCCACUAUGUGUGGUCGUGUGAUUGAGCCUCCAUUGGAUCCACAUGGGAUCUCUCUUCCUCCUACUGACUUGCCGUAGUUGCCCCGAUUUCACCAUGAGACGAUCUGUCAGGUGCUUGACCUCUGUGCCCUCAUACUGGCACCACUGUUGUGCCGCGUGAGCGCCCCCUCUCCUCCGGCAGUUACUGCACGGAAUGGCCUCUCUGGACCUGCCAUACCGCUGUCCUCGCUGCGGGGAGCACAAGCGCUUCCGAAGCCUGUCGUCCUUACGUGCCCACCUGGAGUACAACCACACGUACGAGACCCUCUACGUCCUCUCCAAAUCCAACAGUGUGUGUGAUGCUGCUGCUCUGCUGCCACUAGUGGCUGAGGGAGCCCUCCUCACACCUGCCAACAACAACGACCCCUUUGAACCCCUCCGGCCUUCAGCUUUAAAGGAACGCCGCUUCCCUUGCCGUGAGCUUCCCUGUGCGGACGACCUGAGUUUGACCCCGGCUAACUCAAACACUGCAGCCAGGUAUAUUCCCAAUGUGGAGUUCCCCCUGGGGGAGAUUUUUAUGAAGAAAGCCAUGACAUCCGCAGACCCAGGUCCUCAUGGAAACCCCAGCACAGCUGUAGCAGUGGCAGCCAAUGUAGCGGCCAGUGCAGUGGAGGCGGCCUAUGAGGAAGGCCUGGCCAGGCUGAAGGCACGGGCGUUUGAGCGGCUGGAGCUGGAUGAAAGGCUGGAGAAGCUGUCUGAAGAGGUGGAGCAGAAAAUAGCGGCCCGCGUAGGUCGUCUUCAGGCAGAGCUGGAGAGGAAGAGCUCGGAGCUUGAGCGGGCCAAGCAGGAGAGCGAGAGGCUGAGCCAGGAGAAACAAGACCUGGAGGACAAGGCCUCCGAGCUCUCUCGGCAGGUGGACGUCUCUGUGGAAAUGCUAGCCAACCUCAAACAGGACCUGGUGAACAAGGAGGAGGAGCUUACUCACAAACAACAGGAAGUCGCCCAGAUUGACCAGUUCCUUCAGGAGACAGCGGCACGUGAAGCCAAUGCCAAAGUGCGGCUGCAGCAGUUCAUUGAGGAGCUCCUGGACCGAGCGGACCGCGCCGAAAAACAGCUGCAGAUCAUCAGCAGCUGCGGCACCACACCGAACGGCAGCCUGGGACGCUGUAGCCUCCAGGCCUCAAAGGGCAACGGACGCCAGAGAAACUCCAGCCUCUCUGGGAGCACAAGAGGCAUGUACCAAGUGUCAGACCGGCGUUCCUCCCCCAGCACAGGAGCAUCAGGGCGGAUCAAGUCCGUCUCACAGGGCUCUGGAGGUUAUGACAGUGACAGCGUGGAGAUGCAUCCCAUGGAGGAGUGUCCCGAGGCCCAGUACUAUCACAUGCAAUGCCGGCUGGGUGAGGGGGGUUAUGAGCGCUCUCCUGGAUGUGGCGGUGGUGGAUCAAGGAACUGGGGACUCCGUAAACAGGCUAUCCAGAACUGGCAGCGGCGACCUUACAGGAACAGCACUGAAGGCGAGGAAGGAGACGUGUCAGACGUGGGCUCCCGGACCACCGAGUCUGAGGUGGAGAUGUGGGAACAAGAGAGGAGAGCUGUGGCUGAAGUCCAGCAGUCUGCCGCUCCCUAUCCUCACCACGGCAGGGUGGGAUAUCGCCCUAACACAGGUCGGUCUGAUGGGGUCUACAAGCCAUGCCGCCAUGAAAAGAGCCCGUCUAAAUCCAACGAGGUGAUCAGUCCAGAGAUCCUGAAGAUGCGUGCAGCUCUCUUCUGUAUCUUCACCUACCUGGAUACUAAAACCCUGCUGAGAGCUGCUGAGGUCUGCCGUGACUGGAAGUUUGUGGCCCGUCACCCAGCCGUGUGGACCAGAGUGCUGCUAGAGAAUGCUCGCAUUUCUUCCAAGUUCCUGAGUAUAAUGUCUCAGUGGUGCACUCAGACGCACUCCCUCAUCCUGCAAAACCUCAAACCAAGACAGCGGGGAAAGAAGGAAACCAAGGAGGACUAUGUGAAAAGCACACGUGGCUGUCUGGAGGAAGGUUUGGAGGCGUUGUUAAAGGCCACAGGAAGUAACCUGCUGAUAUUGAAGAUUUCACACUGCCCCAACCUGCUGACAGAUCGCUCCCUCUGGUUGGCCAGCUGCUACUGCCGAGCUCUGCAGGCUGUCACCUAUAGGAGUGCCACAGACCCAGUUGGUCAGGAGGUGAUCUGGGCCCUCGGAGCAGGUUGUAGAGACAUCAUCUCCCUACAGGUGGCGCCACUACACCCAUGCCAACAACCUGCUCGUUUUAGUAACCGAUGCCUGCAGACAAUUGGAAGAUGUUGGCCACACCUCCGUGCUCUUGGUGUGGGUGGGGCUGGAUGUGGCAUUCAGGGCCUGGCCUCUCUAGCGAGGAACUGCAUGCGCCUGCAGGUGCUGGAGUUGGAUCAUGUGAGCGAGAUCAACCAGGAGGUGGCAGCAGAGGUUUGCAGAGAGGGCUUGAAAGGUCUGGAGAUGCUGGUGCUCACCUCCACACCAGUUACCCCCAAAGCCCUGCUCCACUUCAACAGUGUUUGCCGCAACCUGAAGUCCAUCGUGGUUCAGAUCGGUAUAGAAGACUACUUUGAGGACCCCAACAGCCCUGAAGCUAGAAAACUCUUUGAUGAGAUGGUUAAUAAGCUGCAGGCUCUGAAGAAGAGACCCGGCUUCUCCAAAAUCCUCCACGUGAAAGCAGACAGUCUCUGCUAACAUCUUUUGUGCAGAUUCUUCGACUCUUGGAAAGGUGCCAUCUUGGCUCCAGUCAAUCAAAAAGAUCCAGCUGUUUUGAGCCCACUCUGCUGGGUUUGAAUACGUCUGCAGCACCGACAGAAACAACAGAAGAUCGCUGAACAGGGGGGCGAUCCUCAAGUACAACCUUCAAACAGAAAAACUAAUUCACUAUUCCAGUAAGGGGAAAUCAGUAUCUCCCUCAUGUUGACUGAAACCAGUCAGGAGGCUUAUUUAGGCUAACAAUGGCACUUAUAUAUCACACAAAGGGCCUGUCUAAUACUUCACAGACUCAAAUAGCCCAACAGAACUAUCUGAUUCCUUUUUCUCAGUCCUUUUUUGCUUUCACCGUAAAAAUGGAUUGUGUCGUCGCACAGAGCCAGAUCCAUUUCUUGAAACGCCUGGAGCCAGGUGACAGCGCUGUAUUUAACUGUCUGCAUCUACAUUGUGCUUGACAUAUACUUAAGACUACCUUCAACACCAUCAGCUCGUGUGGGCAGGAGGACAUUAUAAAGCAUACAUACUUUCCGCAGAAGUACAAGGUUAAGAGUCUUGAGACAGGCGCUUUGUGUUUGUGUGCGUGCGGAUGUGUGAAUGCAUAGAGCUGACGAUUUAAUAAAUGGUUUUCAAACCUGCCUGACCCACACUACUGUGUGUUGGAGCAGGACAACGGACAACUUUCAACACUUACUGCUUCCCACCCAGAACAGAAACAUGCUGCACCAGCUCCAGGCACAGUGGAGAGAGCAAUGACAGCAUUCCCUGUAACACGCAGACCUUGACAGUCUUUUAGCCACUGCAUGGCAGCGAUGCAUUUAGCCUCUUCUACCGUCCUCUGCUUCCUUAUGUGAACAGCAUCGUGUCACAAACCUGGACUUUUCGAUGGUUGUAGUAUCUCUAGACGGAAGAUGAUCCAUAACGCAUUUCUCUCAAAAAACUGGUGCCAUUUGUAACAGUGUCUGUCCUCAUUCCAGUGAGUUUUCUCCAAUGUGCCAUUUGUGAGGGAGGAGGGACCAUGUAAGCGGUUUAAUCUCUUCAAAUCAAAAUUAACUUACAUUAUUGGAAUUUGACUUGAGUUGAAGCAGCUCUUACUGAACAUAAGGGUUGUUGUGUUUCAUAUGGAACAUGGUCUCCAGGUGUAUACAGGUGUUACAGUGUUUAUAUAUCAUACUAAACAGUGCCAUUCCUAUUAGUAGUGCUUGUCGUGGCUGAGGCCCUGAACAACUUUCAGCUGGCAUCCUCUGGCUCCCUCUGCUGGGUUUUCCAAGCACUUACACAGCCAAUGACCAGCUGGUGUGAUAUAACACUUUGUACUCUUUGCAGCAUGGAACAUGUGUUACCUUUUACUAUUUUGCAGAACUCAAAGCCAAGGGAUCAGCUAUUCAGUAUCACCUUCAAAUUAGGAGUUUGAUUUGGGGCAAUUCAUGGCGACAGUUUAGUUCAGGGUACGUUGCAGAAAAUCUCAAUAAGUAUAAGUAGCAAUACUUACCAUGGCGACACAUAUUGUUCACUUCUCUGUGCUGCAGACAACUUAAAGGGGAGUUCCAACAAUCUAGAUCAGUUUAAAAAUAUAAAGAGUACUACUCAGUCUGUGAACAGCUGUAAAUGUCUUCUAGGGCUCUGGAGGAGCUUUAUCAAGUCUGAAAAUAAUCUUCAUAAUAUCAGUCUUAUCUCAGCUUGGAAAUUACAAAUUUGCAACACAGAAACCUGCAUUACAAGCUAGCGGCAUGUUGUUUGAAAAAUGUGUUUACAAGGCGUAGAAGGUCGAUAGAAAAGACUCAAUAGGAAGGGAAGGAUCCAGAAUGUUUGUAGCUUGACCCACACUAGGGACCAAAAGUCAGGAUUUUUCUGCCUCUGAUGCAGCGUUUUUUAAAAAUCAGUCACUGUAUGAAAGUGCAGUACAAAAUCACUGGAGUACCCCUUUAAACAGAGCUCCUGUUAGAAGCUUACAAUCACAUUGAUUCAAAGAAAUCAUGCACACCGUUUUGAAACAGGUUGAAAAAUAAUUCACACAUGAGGCAGAAAUUCACGUCUCUUCCCUCAUGACACGCCUACCAUAGGUUGCUUAAACGUCCAGUGUGUAACAUUUAGGAGGAUCUAUUGGCAGAAAGGGAAUAUAAUAUUCAUAGGUAUGUUUUCAUU